AUGCCGCCUCGAGAACCAAUCUGCAUUCUGCUUCACCAAGCUCUUCAGGGACUGGAAGCUCGAGCCGGCAGUCCGACCAAGAAGUCAAUAAAAUUUUGGCUAUCUCGACUUGUCAAGACGAGAGAAAAGCACAUGGAUGGCCGACCGUAUCCCAGUCUGGCAGCGUUGGAAGACUAUGCCGAAAACACAUACUCGACCAUGAUGUAUACAACGUUGGCGUCCAUGCCCCUACGCUCCAUGCACAUCGAUCACUUGGCUAGCCAUAUUGGCAAAGCCUGUGGCAUUAUUGCGGUACUGCGAGGAGUUCCAGUUUUGGCCGCUCCCGGGCGGCCAGUCAAGACUCCUACUGGCGCCGAUGCACCUCCGACUCGCGAGCCAUCUCUGCUGCUGCCGCUGGACAUUAUGGCCGAGGAAGGCGUAAAGGAGGAGGAGGUCUUUCGACAAGGGCCAAACGCACCCGGGCUGCAAGAUGCCGUGUUCAAAGUCGCAACUCGUGCAAAUGACCACCUAAUUACGGCUCGGGAGAUGCUGAAGCGGCUCAAGGCCGGUGAAGACCCGGGGCACGAGUUUGAGCACGAAGGAGAAGCUGAGCAUGUCUAUCUGGGAGAGAGCGACACGGCCAAGGAGAUCAGGCAAAGUUUCGGGGUGCUCCUGGAAGCCGUACCAGCUGCCCACUACUUGGAGAACCUGGAAAAGGCCAAUUUCGACGCAUUUGCCGUGAAGUCUGGUGGAUGGCGAUUACCUUGGAGGAUCUGGCAGUCAUUGUCAUCUGAGAGGCUAUAA